AUGGAAAAGGGAAAAUUAUCCGUGUCUGGAAGCACGGAGAUUUUGCCGAGACGCUCCAAAGGUCCCCGUCCUCCGCGAGGUCUGCACGCGUCGAAGGCGAGGAUGAUGCUGAGCGGAGACUCGGCCCGAGGCGACGGCGAGAGCGAAGAGGCAGGGAGGGCGAAGAAAGCGUUUCUCUACUUCGCUCGAGAACUAGCGGAGGAAAAGGGACGAUCGACCGUGCCCAACCCGACCGUCACCGAAUCCCCUGCGAAGAAUCAUCGCGAGGACGAGAGGAUGAAGGUAUCUGACGCCAGUUUGCCGUGGAGGGGGAAGGUGUCGCCCCGAGCGAGUCUACUCGUCGCUCCCGGGGGGAAGGAGGACGACGCCGACGUCCUCUUCGCCGCAUGGCGGCCGAUACUCCUCUUCCAGAGGGCCAUCGGCAUGCUCUUUCUUCGGAAUCUCGGCUCCACGGACAGUUCCAAGGUGGAAUUCCGGUGGUGGCACCCGGGGAUGCUGUGGAGCGUGGGGGUGUGCGGCUGGAUGAUCUUCAUCACCUCCGCCUACUUCCUGGAAUUCAUGGAGAAAUACCAGAGGGACACCGAGGCGGUUUUGUUCACCUAUGCACGGAGUUUCUCCGGGGUGAUGUUUUAUCUCCACUGCUCGGCCAUGUUCGGGAUCUUCCUCCUGCGGUCCUCCAGGCUCCCGCACCUCUUGGGAGCGUGGAGGAGGGCGCUGGCGGCACUCGGACACCACGGACGGGAUCUCACGCUCAGGAGGGAUUUUCUGCUCAUCACCGUGGGUUUCACCAACAUCAGUACAGCAAUGAAAACUCUGCUGGAGCGAGAGCACAGGGCAGUACUGAAUAAGUUCCCGGACUCAGACGUCCUCCCCUUCCUCCUCAUGACCUUUCAGGAGGUUGCUCUCGUCGGAUUCAACAUGGGAGAUAUCACCAUCAUUCUCAUGAGUCGUGCCAUUUGCAAGCGCUACAGGUUGUUCCGUUGCUAUCUGGAGAAGCAGAUCAACGAAGGGCGGGAAUUGGUGGAAUUCCCGGAUGAAAACGCGAAAUGUUGGAAGGCUCUCCGAGAGGAUCAUCUGCACCUCUUGAACAUCCUCGACGAAACGGAUUCCUUUCUUUCCCCUCUCAUCUGCUUCUCUUACAUGACCAACAUCUUCUUUACUUGCCUCCAGCUGUACUUGAGCCUGAGCGGAGGAAAGGGCGAGUACCAAGGGGAUCCGGUGAGCAUGGCGUAUCUGGUUUGGAGCUUCGUCCACCUGCUAACUCGAAUGCUGGUGGUGAGCCUAAUGGCUGCGAACAUCGACCAAGAAGCCUAUCGCCUCUCGAAGCUCAUCCUUCACGUCCCCCAGAACUACUUCUGCAAAGAGGUAGUCCAUGCUGGCACGUGA